CUAAGUACGGCACUGGUGGGACAUAUGAAUUCUUGGGGUUCUACCACCGUCUUCUUUAGCUGCUUUUCAGUUGUGCUUGGUUUUGCUAUAAAAAGUUUAAUGAAAAACUAUAGUCAGGCUGAGCCGACUGAUUUUUAUUCUUUAUUAUGUAACGUAUUAUUGCAUUUAUCCAUGUUUCUGUAUUUUUUUAGUCAACUUCUGUGAUUAUUAAUUACGAUUCUUAAUAAAUUAUUAUAAUGCAUGUUUUUAUGUUUAUUUGAACUAACCUAAGAAAAUAAGCUACCUUCGUUUCUAAAAAUAUUUAUUUAUACUAUUUUUUUUUAAUUUUUUUUUUAUAGAAAAGAUUAUUAUUAAUAUAUGACAGGAGUUAAUAUGACGAGCCCAUUAUUAACAUUGACAAGUACUUAAAAUCAUCGUAAAUGAACUUAAUACAUGUACAAUCAAAUUAAUUAACAUUAACUAACAUAAUUACAAUUCAUGAGGCAAUUGGUUUCAUGUGUUUGUUCUUAAAUCGUAUAUUUUAACAAUUAAUUAUACUCAAUAGAUAAACGUGUCAAAUAAAACCUUUUGUUUUAAAUAAUUUUACUUUGUUAUUUCUAACGUUCAGUUAAAAUAAGUCAUUUCUGAAUUUUCUAAGGCCGGAUAUAAAUGAAAUUUUAAAUCGGAAUUUUAAUUCUGUUACAAUCAACUACCUACUUAAACUUCUAUAGUGUAUUAAGACGUGUUCUUAACAUAGUUAAAAUUAACUUAUUUGAUUUUAUUUGUGAAAAAUUAACACAAAAAUAACAAUGAAAGUGUUCGUUACAUUGCUUGCUUUCUUCCUGACGAUCCUGACUGGUGCAAACGCUCAAAUAACUAAGAUCUUCGCUGAAAAAAAGAUUAAAGAGAUCAGCCAGAACCUAACAGACAGUGGAUAUGACCCUUUAGAAAUUAAGGGCUUUUCUUACAACUAUUCUUUACCCGUGACAGAUUUGUUGGUAGUUAACGCGACAGUCGGCGACAUCCGAGUGACGGGCAUCAGCAACAUCGAGUUGGACAAGUUCCGAUACAACACGCUGCUGUCCAGGAUCACCUACUCGGUCACCUUGCCCCUCAUCACAGCCACUUUCAAUAGAACCGACGUAAGAUUCAAGUUGAUGAACAUGGACUUAACCGCAAAAUAUAACGGAAGUGUUGCUAUAUCAAACAUCAAUGUAGCGGGCAUAGUUUCUGUCAAAAUCGGGAUAUUGUCGGGCAUCACAGUUCGCGAUGUCGAAGCCACUCUUUCAAUAGGUAAAAUUACGUCUAACAUGACGGUCAUCUGGAUGGGCCAGGAUAUCUCCAGCAAAGUGAACAAGUUCUUGAACACAACACUGCCCAGCACGAUCAACGAUUACAACGAUGAUAUUAGUGAAGUUCUGGUGUACUACAUCACGGAAGCUGUGAAAGAUGCGUUAUGAAAAUACAAACGAAGAUAGAUCCAAUAAAGAUAUUGCAUUUCAAAGAUAAAAUAUUAUUUUAAUCAUAAGAAUAAAAGUGUUUAGCGUUCAAA